AUGACUACAGAGACCACGCCGUCGGUGGACAUCCUCUAUGUGGUGUCGCUGUUCGGGGACAGUGGCAGGGGACCAAAGCCCAUCCGGGCCGCCACCCUGGAGAAGCUGGUCGCCGUGCUGACCGACCCCGAGACUCCAGAAGAAUACCCAACGCAGUUCUUCAUGCUGGUCAAUUGUCACCGAUUGUACACGCCAUCCAAGCACUUCCUGGAUCUCGUCAUACAGCAGUUCAACCCGGAGGACGUCUACGCCGAGGGCCAGUGGAACGCCAGAGCCCACGUGCGCGUCAACAAGCCGCUGAGAAUGCUGCGGUUGACGCUGCCCCUGCUCCUCGAUCGCAACCCACUCAGCAAAGCCGUGGACAAGAUUGAGCACUUUGCCAACGGCAUUCUCGAGAAUGUGGACGCGGGGCCGUUGCGCAACGCAGCGCAAACGCUUAAGAUGUUCAUCGCCUCGGCAAGGAACGCCCCGCUCCGUGACGCGCAGUCGCAUACCACCCUCGAGACGAUGCGGCUGGAGCUCGACGCCUCGCCCUCCCAGCAGCCACCCCAAGACCCAUUCUAUCCCGACGACAUCGAACUGGCACUCGGGAGCAUGGAGGAGGUACUGGCGGAAGACAUGGCCAGGGAGCUUACGCUCCUGCAGGGCGAGGCCUACGGGCGCCUGCAGCCCUGGGAGCUGGUGUGGUGGUUCAAGGCGCGGCUCCGGUUCCACGACGUGGUGCUCCGGCGCGACGGCGACCCCGAGGCCCGGGCGCGCAUGGAGCGGAAGAUGCCCCGCGUGGUGCAGCUGAUCGACCAGCUCGCCGGGAUCGUGCACUGGGUGCGCAGGGAGGUCGACGACGCAGGUCGCGCGGGUCCGCUCAAUCGAGACUCGGCCCUGCGCUAUUUCUUCCUCGUGAGUCAGCAUCUGAGGGAGAUCAGGAAUCUAAAUACUCUGGCAGCGGUCAUGGUGGCUCUUCACCCUCUCUUUGGUGAACUACGCGAGAUCUUGAACGAGGAGGAGACGGAGCAAUUGAAGGAGAUGAUGCUCCUGUACCAAUCGGGGUCGUCGCUCCACGGCGAGGCCGACGUGCUGAGCACGCACCUGCAGCUGAGCCUGAGCACCAAGCACUACCGCGAUGUCGACGACCAGUCGGGCAGCCGUGUGGUCCCGUUCGCGGCGCUCACCCUGGCCAAUCUCCAGCUCCUCGGGCGGGUCAACCUCUACAUCGACGAGACCGAGGGUCCCAACCUGAUCAGCCUUCGCCUCAUGGAAAAUAUCGACCUGACGCGAAUCAGUUUCUCUUUCCAAUCGGCCAAGCCCGUGCGGCGGUUCCUCGACAAACGGCUCCAGAUGGGGCGCAACGUGGUGCGGACGCAGAGGCUCAAGCACCUGUGUCGCUACGUGGUGUGGGAGAAGGGGAUCAACUACCGCAACCGCGUCCCGCACGACCUGAUCGACUACCUGGGCCAACACGUGGGCGUCAGCGACAUCCUCACCGUCGUCAGCAGCCUCUGA